GGUGCCCAGGCUCCUUUGGCUCUAGAUUCCUGGCUCCCGGCAUCUAUCCAAAGCAGCUGAAGCUAUGGGUUGCCAGCUGAUGCAGGAUACACCUCUCCUCAGACUCGCUUGUCUCUUUGUGCUGCUGUUUGGACUUUUUCAACUGUCUUCAGAAGAUGUUGGCCAAGUGUCCAAGUCAGUGAAAGAAAAGGUAUCGCUGCCCUGCGGUUACAACUUUUCUGUUGAGGAGCUGGCCAUACUCCGAAUCUACUGGCAAAAAGAUAAUGAAAUGGUGCUGAGUGUCAUCUCUGGAGAAAGAGAAGUGUGGCCCAAGUAUAAGAACCGGACUUUAUGUGACAUCACUAACAACUUCUCUCUGACGAUCCUGGGCCUGCUCCCCUCAGACAGGGGCAUAUACGAAUGUGUCGUUCAGAAGAAUGAAGGAACUUACGUGCUGAAGCACUGUAAUUCCAGGGAGCUGUCCAUCAGAGCUGACUUCCCUGACCCUAAUAUAACUCAGUUUGGAAAUCCAUCUGCUGACAUUAAAACGAUAAUGUGCGAGACCUCUGGAGGUUUCCCAGAGCCUCGGCUCUCUUGGUUGGAAAACGGAAGAGAAUUAAGUGGCAUCAAUACAACAGUUUUCCAGGAUCCUGACUCUGAACUGUACACCAUCAGUAGCAAACUGGAGUUCAAUACGACAAAAAACCACAGCAUUAUGUGUCGCGUUGUAUAUGGCAACUCUCAAGUGUCAAAGAACUUCACCUGGGAAAAACCCCCAGAAGCCCCUCCUGAUAGAAGGAUCAUGCCUGUAGUCAUUUCAAUACCAGUACUACUACUAAUAACAACAAUAAUAGUACCAGUAACAGUGUACCUCAGAAAGAACAGACGUUCCAAAAGAAGAAAUGUGGCAAGUGCAGAAGAAAUCAAGAUUUACACCAGGCCUAUAGAAGCAACUGUCUGAAGGUAGCUUGUCUUCCUUUCUCUCUUCUCUGCUCAUGUGGGAUACAUGCUAUUAUUGGAUCAUGAGGUACAAUCUUCCUUUCAGCACAGUGCUAGUUAACCUUUUGGACAACUUGACCCAAGAUGAGUGUUAUCUGAGAAGAGAAAACCUUAAAUGAGCAUCACAGGCAUCCAUCAGGUUGCCUGUGAGCAAGUUUGUUGAGCAUGUUUGCAAUUGAUGAUUGAUGUGGGAGGGCCCAGAGCACUAUGGGUGGGACCAUCCCUGAGCAGGUGAUCCUGGGUGGGAUAAGAAAGAGGGCUGUUAGUACAAGGGGAAGUAGCUAGUCUUACGGCAACUUGAUACACCAUGUUUGGUUGAUAUCUAUAGGAGUUCUACCCUUUUCUGAAGAGAAGUGGAGGAAUGCAUGGGGUGGGGGCAAAGGGAA